UGUGGCCCCUUCGUUCAGUGGGGCCUGACGCACAGAACCUUGUAGUAAAUUGAGAGGGGUCGUGGGAGAGAAGAUAGUCACCAGGGUUAGUUGGCUAGCUAGCUAGCUUAGUUAGCAGCUUCACUGUCUAGCUAGGCUGUGUCUGAGAUGUGGCGCAACGUCCCUUUUGUCUGAAAACUGCGGAAAAAAUUGUAAUACCGAUGGAACCAGCGAACUGAUUUUCGAACGUUGAUCCACAGUUCGUUUUGACUAUCGAUCAUCUGAUCUGGACCUCGAACACAUUGUAAGUUUAUAUCUGUGGGUUUGACCAACUUUGAAAAAGUUAGCUAGCGUCUUAGCUAACUUUAGCUGCUUGCACUAGCUCAGCUAGCUUCUUAGUAGCUUACUACCAAGGUAGUUAGUUAGCCUAGCCACUUAUCCAAUGUUUACAGGCGAAGAGGGCCAUUUGACACGGACGCAUUGGCUAGCUAGUUCGCAGAGGUUGCUAAACUAUUAGCUAUGACGUUAGAUAGCUAAUGUUAUGUAUUUGGUACAGCAACGCGUGUACUCGAACGUUAUCGUUACCUAGCUAGCUACUAACUAAUAUUUUAUAUUAUAUUCUAGGACGGACACUUACUGGCUAGCUGGCUAGCUAGCUGCUAUUUUGCUAACUUUGAUGUUAGCAAGUAGCCAGUACGCGUAAAUGGUUUUCACGAGAAUGGACCUGUUGAACUAUCAGUUCCUGGACAAAAUGAACAACAAUAUCGGGAGACUACACUACGAAGGUAAGGGAGAAUAACUCAUUUUCAAUAGCUAGCUAAAUCUGUUAUCGGCCUAAUCCUAGCUGCUCGUUAGUCACUCACGUUAACUAACUACAGUAACUAACGUUAACUAACUAGUAGCCCUCGUAACUAGUUCAGAUAGUUAGCAAACAGUGGUGGAAAAAGUACAAAAUUGUAUGAAAGUCUAAGUAUUUGGUUUUAAAUGUAACUUAAAAGUAUAGAUCAUUUCUAAUUCCUUAUAUUAAACAUACCAGACGGCACCCUUUUUUGUUUGUUUUUUAAAUGUACGGAUAGCCGGGGCACAGUCAGACAUUAUUUACAAACGAAGCAUUUGUGUUUAGUGAGUCCGCCAGAUCAGAGGCAGUAGGGAUGACCAGGGAUGUUCUCUUGACAAGUGCGUGAAUUGGACAAUUUUCCUGUCCUGCUAAGCAUUCGAAAUGUAAGGAGUACUUUUGGGUGUCAGGGAAGUAAAACGUUUUUUAUUUUUUUUUGGAAUGUAGGGAAGUAAAAAUAUAAAUAGUAAAGUACAGAUAUCCCAAAAAACUACUUAAGUAGUACUUUAACGUAUUUUUUUUUUUACUUAAGUAGGCUACUUUACACCACUGCUAGGUAGCCAGCUAUCUAUGCUAUGGCUUCCCCCAUUAUUUGUUGAUCAAUCCAUUAUCACCAUAACAAACCAUACCGUGUGUUUAGUUAACUAGCAUUAAAAGCACAAUUGAAUUUAUUGAUCAGUUUUGUAACCACUCAAAUUCUAAGAUUUGAGUCAUUAACCAGGUUUCCAUCCAACCUUUUCAUGCGAGUAAAGUACAAAAUGUCACGACAGGCCUGAUGGAAACAGCAAAUUUGUCGGUAAACUUGCCAAAUGUCGACAAAACAAAAUACACUUGACAAGGUGGGAUCUUUUUGUGUCUGUAAAAUUAUGUGAGAAAUGGCGGUGGAAACGCUUUUAUGCGCAAAUGUUGAUAUAAUAACCAUCAUAUCGAAGUAAACUUGGAGUCACGCGAUGGCAUGUUGUGGUCCUCCAACUACGACUCGGGAAAGAAUGCAGUUAAUUAGGAUACAGAUAAAAUAAGUUAUGAUGAACUUCACAGGGGUGUAAGGUGAUUAGCUUUAUGCUCCUUUCCAAUAAAGGAGAGGGUCUUAUUCUGGUGACAUGAGGUUUGAUGCUUGGCUGCCAUUUGACAAAUUAAAAUAAUGCAAUUUGCUAUACAAAUGUUAUUUGCCACAUGCGCCGAAUACAACAGGUGUAGACAUUACAGUGAAAUGCUUACUUACAAGCCCUUAACCAACAAUCCAUUUUUUAUGGGCGGCAGGUAGCUUAGUGGUUAAGAGCGUUGUGCCAGUAACCGAAAGGUCGCUGGUUCUAAUCCCCGAGCCGACUAGGUGAAAAAUCUGUCGAUGUGCCCUUGAGCAAGGCACUUAACCCUAAUUGCUCCUGUAAGUCGCUCUGGAUAAGAGCGUCUGCUAAAUGACCAAUUAUUAUUAUUAUUAUUAUUAUUAUUAUUAAAGAAUAAUAAAAAAAGUGUUAAGAGAUAAAAAAUAAUAAAAAAAUAACUAAAGAGCAGCAGUAAAGUAAAAUAACAGUUGGGAGGCUAUAUACCGGGGGUACCGGUGCAGAGUCAAUGUGAGGGGCUACCGGCUAGUCGAGGUAAUUGAGGUAAUAUGUACAUGUGGGUAGAGUUAAAGUGACUAUGCAUAAAUAAUAGACAGAGUAGCAGCAGCGUAAAAGAGGGGGGGGGGGGCCAGUGCAAAUAGUCCGGGUAGCAAUGAUUAGCUGUUCAGGAGUCUUAUGGCUUGGGGGUAGAAGCUGUUGAGAAGCCUUUUGGACCUAGACUUGGCGCUCCGGUACUGCUUGCCGUGCAGUAGCAGAGAGAACAGUCUAUGACUAGGGUGGCUAGAGUUUUUUUUUCUUCCUCUGACACCGCCUGGUAUAGAGGUCCUGGAUGGCAGGAAGCUUGGCCCCAGUGAUGUACUGGGCCGUACGCACUAUCCUCUGUAAUGCCUUGCGGUUGGAGGCCGAGCAGUUGCCAUACCAGGCGGUGAUGCAACCAGUCAGGAUGCUCUCGAUGGUGCAGCUGUAUAACAUUUUGAGGAUCUGAGGACCCAGGCCAAAUAUUUUCAGUCUCCUGAGGGGGAAUAGGCUUUGUCGUGCCCUCUUCACGACUGUCUUGGUGUGUUUGGACCAUGAUAGUUCGUUGGUGAUGUGGACACCAAGGAACUUGAAGCUCUCAACCUGUUCCACUACAGCCCCGUCGAUGAGAAUGGGGGCGUGCUUAGUCCUCUUUUUUUCCCUGUAGACCACAAUCAUCUAUACACUGAGUAUACAAAACAUUAAGAACACUUGCUCUUUCCAUGACAAAGAGUGACCAGGUGAAUCCAGAUUAAAGCUAUGAUCCCUUAUUAAUGUCACUUGUUAAAUCCUCAUCAAUCAGUGUAGAUGAAGGAGAGGAGACAGGUUAAAGAAGGAGGAGACAGGUUAAAGAAGGAUUUUUAAACCUUGAGACAAUUGAGACAUGGAUUGUGUAUGUGUGUCAUUCAGAGUGGGAAAGACAAUAGAUUUAAGUGCCUUUGAACAGGGUAUGGUAGUAGGUGCCAGGUGCACCGGUUUGUCAAGAAUUGCAACGCUGCUGGGUUUUUCAUGCUCAACAGUUUCCUGUGUGUAUCAAGAAUUGUCCACCACCCAAAGGACACAUCCAGCCAACUAGACCCAACUGUGGGAAGCAUUGGAGUCAACAUGGGCCAGCAUCCCCGUGGAACGCUUUCGACACCUUGUAGAGUCCAUGCCCUGACGAGUUGAGGCUGUGCUGAGGGCAAAUGGGUGGGGUGCAACUCAAUAUUAGGAAGGUGUUCCUAAUGUUUGGUAUACUCAGUAUAUAACGCCUUUUUUGUGUGACAAAACCAUCAGUAAGGUUAAAAAUGCGAUGGAAACCCAUUUAACUUGUAUUCUGUACAUAGCAAUUUAACCGCAAAAGUUAUUUUUAUGUGCACUAUGUCAUCACAUCAUCCACAACAAAUGUCAUCACAUCAUCCGCAACAAGUCAAUUUGAUGGAAACACAUUUCUGGUAGGAAAAUGCGCAUAUUUUAUUCAUGCAGAUUUUAGAAUAUUUGCAUAAAUCUGUCACCAAUUGGAUGGAAACCUAGCUAGUGUGGCUGCAAGGCUUGACAGACGAGGUAAAGCUAAACCUUCUCUAGCCGACUAAACUCAACUCCACGAUUUAUGAUGGCGACUACUGUGGGCGGACUGGAGCGCCGAUGUCACAUUUAAUGAAGAUUUGAUCAAAAACACAGAACAAUGUCGUGUGUAAUUGUGGGCUAUUCUUUGGGUGCGGAAAUCAGUCGUUUCUGAUAAAAACAUCAUUUUAUUUGACGUCAGAGCUCAAGUCCACCCACACUAAUUACCACUCAACUCCAUCGUGGAUUUGAAUUUAAUCGGCUAAACCUUCUCUAGUCCCCACUUCUCAGGUAAUGGUCACAGCUGGUAACUAGAUCAUGUGGGGGAGGAUGGCAAACUCCUAGUAUUACUGAUUUAGUGUUUUAAAACGUUCUGAAUACUCUGCAGUUCUACAUUAUUGAGACGACCACCUUGGUUUGCAUGCAAGGUAUAAACAGAGAGUGUUCUCUACAGCUGAAUCUUCUCUCACAGGUGAGUCCAGGAUGCCCUCACUGCCCUCUACAAUGACCAACAUGAGGACCGGUCCUCCCCCCAUCUGCCCCAGCAAAAGGAAGUAUGGCGAGGAGCAAGUGGACGACUGCAUUGACUGUGACAACGACCACAUGACCAAAAUGAGUCGACUGUUUGCUGCUCAACUGUAAGUGUAAACAUGUCUGUCUUAAUCUACCGUUACAUACUUUGAAAUAUUUUUUUUUACAUUACAAUAUUUUUUUUAAAUGUCAAAUGUAUCCAAACAUUCGCUGGCAUUAAUAUCAGAGAAGUAUUGUACACAGGAGAAGUGUGCAUGUAUACUGAACAAAAAUAUAAACACAACAUGCAAUAAUUUCAAAGAUUUUACUGAGUUACAGUUCAUAGAAGGAAAUAAUAAAUUAGGCCCUAAUCUAUGGAUUCCACAUGACUGGUAAUACAGAUAUGCAUAUGUUGGUCACAGAUGCCCUAAAAAAAAAAAGUAGGGGCGUGGAUCAGAAAACCAUUCAGUAUCUGGUGUGAACACCAUUUGCCUCAUGCAGUGCGACAUCUCCUUCGCAUAGAGUUAAUCAGGCUGUUGAUUGUGGAAUGUUGUCCCACUCCUCUUCAAUGGCUGUGCGAAGUUGCUGGAAAUUGGCGGGAACUGGAACACGCUGUCAUACACGUUGAUCCAGAGCAUCCCAAACAUGCUCAAUGGGUGACAUGUCUGGUGAGUAUGCAGGCCGUGGAAGAACUGAGACAUUUUCAGCUUCCAGGAAUUGUGUACAGAUCCUUGCAACAUGGGGCCAUGCAUUAUCAUGCUGAAACAUGAGGUGAUGGCGGCGGAUGAAUGGCACGACAAUGGUCCUCAGGAUCUCAUCAUGGUAUCUCUGUGCAUUCAAAUUUCCAUCGAUAAAAUGCAAUUGUGUUCAUUGUCCGUAGCUUAUGCCUGCCCAUACCAUAACCCCACCGCCAGCAUAGGGCAACGUUGACAUCAGCAAACCGCUCGCCCACAUAACACCAUACACAUGGUCUGCGGUUAUGAGGCCAGGUGGACGUACAGCCAAAUUCUCAAAAAUUGAGUUUAUAUGGUAUAGAAAUGAACAUUAAAUUCUUUGGCAACAGCUCUGGUGGACAUUCCUGCAGUCAGCAUGCCAAUUGCACACUCCCUCACAAGUUGAGACAUCUGUGGCAUUGUGCUGUGUGACAAAACUGCUCAUUUUAGAGUGGCCUUUUAUUGUCCCCAGUACAAGGUGGACCUGUGUAAUGAUCAUGCUGUUUAAUCAGCUUCUUGAUAUGCCACACCUGUCAGGUGGAUGGAUUAUCUUGGCAAAGGAGGAAUGCUCACUAACAGGGAUGUAACAAAUAUGUGCACAAUUUGAGAGAGAGAAGCUUUUUGUGCAUCUGGAAAAUUUCUGGGAUCUUUUAUUUCAACUCAUGAAACAUGGGACCAACACUUCACAUGUUGCGUUUUAUAUUUUUGUUCAGUAUAGUUAUAUAGUGAGGAAAAAAGUAUUUGAUCCCCUGCUGAUUAAAGAAAUGAUCAGUCUAUAAUUUUAAUGGUAGGUUUAUUUGAACAGUGAGAGACAGAAUAACAACAACAAUAUCCAGAAAAACGCAUGUCAAAAAUGUUAUAAAUUGAUUUGCAUUUUAAUGAGGGAAAUAAGUAUUUGACCCCCUCUCAAUCAGAAAGAUUUCUGGCUCCCAGGUGUCUUUUAUACAGGUAACGAGCUGAGAUUAGGAGCACACUCUUAAAGGGAGUGCUCCUAAUCUCAGCUUGUUACCUGUAUAAAAGACACCUGUCCACAGAAGCAAUCAAUCAAUCAGAUUCCAAACUCUCCACCAUGGCCAAGACCAAAGAGCUCUCCAAGGAUGUCAGGGACAAGAUUGUAGACCUACACAAGGCUGGAAUGGGCUACAAGACCAUCGCCAAGCAGCUUGGUGAGAAGGUGACAACAGUUGGUGCGAUUAUUCGCAAAUGGAAGAAACACAAAAUAACUGUCAAUCUCCCUCGGCCUGGGGCUCCAUGUAAGAUCUCACCUCGUGGAGUUGCAAUGAUCAUGAGAACGGUGAGGAAUCAGCCCAGAACUACACGGGAGGAUCUUGUCAAUGAUCUCAAGGCAGCUGGGACCAUAGUCACCAAGAAAACAAUUGGUAACACAAUACGCCGUGAAGGACUGAAAUCCUGCAGCGCCCGCAAUUUAUAACAUUUUUGACAUGCGUUUUUCUGGAUGUUUGUGUUGUUAUUCUGUCUCUCACUGUUCAAAUAAACCUAUCAUUAAAAUUAUAGACUGAUCGUGUCUUUGUCAGUGGGCAAACGUACAAAAUCAGCAGGGGAUCAAAUACCUUUUUCCCUCACUGUAUGUGCCAAAGUGUGUCAUAAGUAAACACUGUGUCUGCUGCUCUUUAAACAAUCCAUGCACUGAAUCCCUGCACCCUCAUUAAGCGACAGUCUGUAAGGCCCAAUCUCCUGACUUCAAAGCAGGGUUGAUUUUAAGUGGCCUAUGAAUAACCGUAGCAGUUGGUGGUCUGUGUCAGGCUGUUGGUUAAUCUGCCACUUGUCCUCUCUUUAACAAGGGGACAGCCUUCCGGUGGAGAUAACCGCAACGACCCAUGGAUCCUCGGCCACAGCCCCGUGGAGCGCAUCACUUCCUCCUCCAACGGCCUCCAUGGCAACCACUUGUACGCCUCCAUCCCCUCCUAUGCGAUGGACCAGCCCCUGGCUCUGACUAAAAACAGCGUGGACUCUGGACUGGGUGGCACAGAGAGGCCUGCAAUGCCCGGCCCUGUGGACAGACCACAGGUAAUUCUGACAAUUACUAAAUGCAUUGGUCAGUUGUGUCUUACGUACAGUCUCGUAUAGUAUGUCGUUAACUUGUUUGUUUAUAUCUUAUAGAAUCGUCCCUCUGUGAUCACCUGUGCUCCUGCAAGCAAUCGCAAUUGCAACCUGUCUCACUGCCACAAGUCUCACAGCCCCAGCCCACCCAUGGAUCAGAGGAAGGCCAAUGGUAAAUGUUUAGCACCACAUUACCUUACUAAUGUGGUAAAUCUGUGCAUAAAUUGGAUAUAAUUUGUACCAUUGUGACCAUGCCACUCUUGAAAUGUUGAUUUACUCUCCUCUCCUCUGUAAUCCCAGAUAACACUGCAGUCGACCCUGUGAUCGAGGAGCACUUCCGCCGCAGCCUGGGGAAGAACUACAAGGAGCCCGAGCUCGUCUCCAAUUCUGUGUCCAUCACAGGCUCGGUGGAUGACCACUUUGCCAAGGCCCUGGGGAAGACCUGGCUCCAGAUCAAGGCCAAGGGGCCGGGGGGACGCCCCCACAGUCCAGAGGCCAACUCCUGAAACACUGGCUGGACCUCCCUUAAUGUUGAAUGGUGAACCACAACCACUUCCUUUGUCUAUCGCAUCAGACAAGCGCACCGAUUGACCUCCCUAUACCAUUCAUUGUCAAGCUUGACUUCCCUGAGCUCAGAACAACUCUAGACAAGAUGAUGAAUCACCAGUUUUAAUACUGUAUUAUACACCAAGGCUGGCCUUUUACAGACCUUGGGGGGUUCUCCCUGCUCUUAUUAAAUGAAUGACACUCCGAUCUGGGAGGAUUUUAUACAUUUGUUCAGUUAGGGCAGUUUUGGUUUGAGUCCAAGUGUUCAAAUUCUUAAUUUUGAAAGCAGAAAUAUCCAUUUGAGGAGCUCUCUAUGACCAGUAUUGGGCAGCCUUGAUGUCAACUUGUCUUAUUUGAGGUGUAUCAUUUUGUAUAUUUUUAACACUUACCCUGACAGAGAUUCCCAAAACGAUCAAUUAAUUUGGCCUUUGAGAAGGCAUACUGUUCUGUCUUAACUCCCUCAUGCCUUUCUUAUUAACCAAAGAACUUGCCUGCUGCUUCAAACAGAAAGCCAUAGUCUGCUUUGCUUCUCUUCUGUUUUCAUCCUCCUGCCAUCUCCGUUAACUCUCCACAUGUGACCAUGUGUUUGUGUGUUUUUGCUUUGAAAGGAAGGCCGGUUCUGAUUUGCACUAUUAUGUGUUAGAUUGAGGUUGUGGUAACAGCAUACCUGUUUCAUUUGGAGCAUGCAGUACGUUUUUGUUUGUUUUAACAAUACUAACAGUGGUAAUGCUAUCAAGGCUCUGGUCUCUCUCUGGUCCCAAUGUUUCUCUAUUUUUUUCUCUUUUCAACUAUUCAGAACUGGACUCAUGUUCUCUUUUGUGGACUUUUACGUUUUUGUUUUUAUAUUUUUGUUAUUUUAGUACUCACUGUGGUUUAUUUCGUAGAUACAGUUAGUAAUAAGGAUAGUAUUCUGCUUACCGAGAUGCAUGUUUCAAAUAGCUGGUGUCUAUUAUAAUAACUAAGCCUUGUUAUUCUAUACUAUUUACCCUCAGAAUUUAUUUUUGUCAGUAACAGUUUUAGAAAUACUUACUGCUGGUACAGUCGUACUCAAUAUAUUUUUUGUAUAUGGUUUUCAUUAAAAUAUGUAUACACUAGCAUCCAUCUACAAAUCGCAGCCUCUGGCAAGGCUGUCUGAAUGCAGUAUAAUAGGCUAUGUUGUUAUCAUGUGGUUGGUACGGGAUGCUAUGGCUUAGACGCAUGACUGAAUAGUCAACAUUUAACAUCUGUAGAGCAGUCCUGUCUUAGAGUUGACUAUCUUCACCAUAAUGCCAUUAUUUGUGGUUUUAUUUAUUCCAAUCUGAUGUUUAGUUUCAGUUUAACUUGGAAUACUAUAAAAUUUUGACUAACUUUUAUUUUGUUAAAAUGACUCGCGAUGAGGAUGUCUACUUGACAUUCUUCACUUUGGAAAGUGUAAGGUUUAUUUCCCCUAAACAUUUAAUUGCUGAUGACUUCACCCAACAUGUAUCAUGGCUGGCCUUGAACGAAAGCCUUGCUCAAGCUUGUCUUGAGACGAUGGCAUGAACAUUCCACCAUUACUACCCAACUUAAUAUUUGUUUGUUUAAAAUAAGAGUAAGAGUAAGCUUUGAGGAAAGAGGGAUAGGGUCUCCUAACGUUGGUGUUUCUAUAGUGUAAACUGUAUGGGACUUUAAAAAACAUUAACAGAAUCAAGGGGAUUAGCAGAACAUCUAAAGUACUUUAUAGAGGUGCAGUUUAUGAGGAUGAAUGACCUUUCUGAAAUGUUUUCCAUUUCCUUUAGUAAACCUAUGAGUUAACGCUGAUAGAAAAUGGUAUAGUACGUUGAGAUUGUUUUAGUCAGCUCUUUGUGAAAAAAUUAUGUACUUGCAUCCAAUAUUCUGUUUUGAAAAUUACUAUAUAAACUCAUAUUCUCGUUUUAUUUUUUACUUUACUUUGAUAUCUAAAGACUAUCAUUGCGCCGCGCGUAAUGAUCCUAGAGAUUUUUUUUUUUGACAGAACAAUGUACAUGAUAUGUAGCCGUUGGAUAUUCAUGAUCCUCUAACCAUGCAUUUGUAUCUAUCUAAAAAGUUGAUCUUUUUCCAGGGUUGUCUGAGGUUUGAUAAGUGCAGGAACACCAGUCGUUCUAUGAAUAAGGCUCUCUUGGCAUGAUGUCAGGGUGACAUUACUGCUGCAGGUUUUUGAGUCUCUGCCUGUUUCUGUACCGCAGUGGAACUGUAAGGGUUUGUCACGAGUUGAAUCUCAGUGAUACGUUGGGGUUUAAUGUUCCAAUGUUAUUUAAUUGGUAUUUGACUGCUUUUGCCUCUAAACAACAAGUUGCAGGAACUAACUCCUCCAUUUGUCUCUUCACAUGGGAAACUACAUUGCCUUAGACGGUUUGUUCAUCUGUAUUUUGUUCAUUUUUUGUCUUAUUUCUCCAGAAGAAUAUGACACUGUUUUUUGUACUUGAUUUCUCCUAAAUAAACUUUAAAAUGCUCUAUCAC